CUGAGGAAGCCUGCGGGUGCAAAGCUAGCUCCGGCUGUCUCCACGUCCUGUCCCCUGUGCUCCUGGGAUACAAGAAGACACCACACUGGAUAACAUGCUGUUCUGCCAUUCCCAGCCUGAGUCCUACCACCAGCACUCUGCUAGUUACAUUAGAGAAGCCUUGGCACCUUUCUUGAAAAAUGAAGAAGCGAGGCUUAUGGCAGAGAUUGGUGCCAAGAGGAGCCCAUUCCAGUACAUUCUGUGUGCAGCCACCUCGCCGGCUGUCAAACAGCAGGAGGAGAGUCUCACCUAUCUCAACCAAGGUCAGUCCUACGAAAUCCGUAUGCUUAACAGAAAACUAGUGGAGUAUACAGAUAUAAGCAGCAAAUAUGUAAAGAGCAUUGUGCGUGUGGUGUUUCAUGACCGUCGACUGCAGUAUAUGGAGCACCAGCAGCUGGAGGGAUGGAGGUGGAACAGACCUGGAGACCGAAUACUGGACAUAGAUGUCCCGUUGUCAGUGGGGAUACUGGAGCCGCGUUCCCACCCUCUUCAUCUCAACACUAUUGAGUUCCUCUGGGAUCCUGUCAAGAACGCUUCCAUUUUCAUCCAGGUCAACUGCAUCAGCACCGAGUUCACCCCCAGGAAGCACGGUGGGGAGAAAGGAGUGCCCUUUCGUAUCCAGGUGGACACUUUCACCACCAAUGAACAUGGAGAAUACAUGGAGAAUGUCCAUUCUUCCAGCUGCCAGGUCAAAGUCUUUAAGCCUAAAGGAGCUGAUCGCAAACUGAAGACAGACAGAGAGAAGAUUGACAAAAAGGCCCUGCAGGACAGAGAGAAGUAUCAAGUGUCCCAUGAGAACACCCUGCUAAAAGAGUGUUCACCUUGGCCCGAUGCCCUGACUCUCACCAGCCAAAGCAGCAGCAGCAGCAUUCCAUCACCAGUUUACCACAGCUCGCCCACUUCCUGUAGUUUCACAGAUGGCAACUGUUCUCCAAACCAGCAAGGGGAGCUGCUCAUGCCCGCCUGCUCUGAUCACCUCGUGCCAUCGUCCACGCCGCAGGACACUCAGCAGUGGCUGCACCGUCACAGGUUCUCACCUUUCUCCAGGCUCUUCUGCAGCUUCUCAGGUGCUGAUCUGUUGAGGAUGAACAGGGAGGAUCUGAUCCAGAUCUGUGGUCCAGCUGAUGGCAUUCGCCUUUUUAACACAAUGAAAGGAAGGUGUAUACAGCCGCGUCUUACCAUCUAUGUGUGUCAGCAGCAGGCCAGACAUCAACCUCCCAUCAAGCCAGGGGGUGGAGACAUCUACCACGCUCUGUACCUAGAGGAGCUGACACUGCUGGACCUCUCUGAAAAGAUUGCUCUGCUGUACAGCAUCAGCCCACAGCAAAUCACACACAUCUACAGGCAAAAACCCACUGGGAUCCACGUCUUAGUCUCUGAUGAGAUGGUGCAGAACUUCAGGGAGGAAACAAGCUUCAUCCUCAGCACUAUAAGAGACGAAACCACAGAUGGCUACCACGUUGUGUUGAAAUGAGUCAGUGGAGGUGUACAGCCUGUAUAUAAGUCCUUCUAGACACAAUAUGAGACAAAGAUGUACAGUACAGUAACAUGCUGUUGUGCACCUGUUUCUUUUAAUUGUCCUGUUUUAUUUGUAUUGUUAGGUUACUGAUUUAUACUUGAUAUAACUCAUAAUUAGAGUUUAACACUGCUGUUUUACUCCUUCACAUGUACAUUUUUGGCCUAAACACCUUUUAAUAUAAGUGAAUGACUUUCUUGAUAAUAAAGCAGAAUAAAUCAUCAUCAUCUUGCCGACAAAUAGAAAAGACAAAUGAACAAAAGUGUUUAUGUUGUUUUAAUGUAAUGCAAUGCCCUCGAUUCUAUUUUCAUGCUUGUCCCAAUUAUGAAAUACUGUCAUGUCAAAUGAAUAUGCUUAAUGAUCAGUUUUCUUGACGAGGUGUAAUUUGAAAUUUGGUAAAUGUGACAUGUAUGCACAUAGGCCUACUGUAAAAACAAAAACUGCAUUCUGUCUGUGUUGCAGUUUGCAGGAUAAUGUGGCCAUUAUGGCUCUAUGACUUUGAGUGUAUUUCACUCAAAAUAAAGUAUUUUGCACAGUUUUC